AUGCUCACGCCGCAGGGAGACAUGUAACGUCAAGAUUGAGUGCUAGAAACAAGAAACCACCAACAAGACUGCAACAAAAAGAAUGAACACCGUCGGUAAUUCGAAACGCUCUUCAAUGGCGUCUUCCACGAAAGCUUAUGACGACAUCACUGUAGCUGUCUCACGUGAGACAUCAUCACAUUACGAUCAGUAUUGUCCCAUUCGUACUUUUAACUGCAAUUUUUGCACUCGAAACUUUAGAACUGCCCAAGCUCUGGGCGGCCACAUGAACGUGCACAGGAGGGAGAGGGCCUACUCCAAUGAGUUGCUCAGUGAUCUGCACUCUGAAGCGCGGCAAAUUGCCUCAUGUUCAGUGCUGAAUCCAUUGCUGGCUGCUCAAUAUGUGUUUCCUCAUGUUUCUGAACACAUGAGCACCCAGUUAACCGUGGGAGAAGGAUCGACGGCUACAUCAGAUCGUCACAUAUCAAGCUCUUCGACUUUGUGUUGGUUAUCCUCAUUAUCUUCACCUCCGCUGGUAACUGUCUCACACAACCCAUCUCUCAAUUUCUGUGUCCCCCAAGCUUUGCAACACCAACAAAAUGCUCUCCCCAACGCUCCAAGAUUCUAUCAAGUGGAACAGUUUCACCCCGCUUCUCCACAAGCCCUCCGCCGUCAAUCCUCUUCUGAACAAGAUGCUAAUUCCUGCAGAGUGAACUCAGGCUCAGCUCAAGGAUCUGUACCACAGGGUUCUGUCAUUGGGAAUGUCAUUCCUAGAAAUUCAUCUCAUAACAUAGUACUUGGUUCUUGUUACGAGAUCAGGUCUGAAGCUCUCAGCGAUUUCAUGAGCAAACAAAGUUUUUCUGAACAAAGUCCUGGUUUACCUCGGUAUCACUCUAAACGUGUGUAUCUUACAUUUGAUGUAUUUCUAAGACAGCCUGGACAUUUCUUGCGCACCAGCGUUAUGUGGUAA